AUGGCAAUUCUUCCUGAGGUGCAGAAUAUGAAGAUGGUGAUCGGUCUGCUGGCGUUCCAGGCCCUGUUUUGUGGUUGCCUCAUUAGCGCUUCGACAUCCCAAGACUGCGGUGGGGUGCUCACUGAACCGCAUGGGGAAAUCCAGUCUCCUGGCUAUCCCGAUUCUUAUCCUCCCAAUAUCCACUGUCGAUGGGUCGUUCAGGUUCCAUCAGCUGGCAAAAUUAUCUUGACAUUCAAUGAUAUUGAACUGGGCAAUCAUCAAAAUUGCGUAUCCGGAGACCAUUUAACUAUAUCCGAUCCCGAGGGGGAUUCCAAAAUAACUUGCGACCCAGAUGUCCCCAAUGCUAUCGAGUCGAUUGGGAACACCCUCUACAUCGACUUCACAUCAGAUGCCGAUGGGGAAAGCGGAUUCCGGUUCAGACUGACCUACGUCGCGCAAGCCGCAUGCGAAGAAGGAUGGCAACAAUUCGGUUCUCACUGUUAUUUCUUCUCGGACGAAGUAAUGCAUUUCGACAACGCCCAAGCAGACUGCGAGGCCAGGGAUGCUCAGCUGGCAAGUAUUCACUCAAAGGAAGAGCAGAUGUUCGUACAGGAGCGAGUGAAGACUUCGCCUUGUUGGAUCGGAGCUACGAACCCGGGAUAUUUGACUGAGGAUCCCUUCAACUUUGAAUUCAUUGACGGAACGGGGAACGAUUAUCACAAUAUCUGGCAGUGGGAUGGCUAUCAUCCUUUCAACUGCGUUGCAGGAUGUGGGAUCCUCUUGGUCCCAGAUCGGUGGGCGAACAGGGACUGCUUGGAAAUCAGGCAGGUGAUUUGCGACAGCAUGAUGUCUCACGGCCAGGACUGGAGGUGUUGGACCGAUCCCAUGCCUGACUUAUGCUUCCACGUCUCGACCGAAUUCUUCACCUUCGAUGAAGCCAGAGCUUAUUGUUUGCAAUUUCCCAGAGCCGAUAUUCUCGCCAUCCGAAACGACGAAUUUAAGCACAUGAGCCUGGCGAGGACCUUUGAGGUUGCUUUUCAGAUCCCACGGGCAAUAAACGGGGAGUUUUGGAUCGGAUUAAUACAAGAUGCAUCAGGGGUCUGGCAGUGGGUGGACGGGUCUCCAAUAGAUGUGGACCGAUGGGAAGAGGGGAAUCCCACUGAAGCAGGAGGGGAAUGUGGUGUAAUAACAUCCAGUUGGGAUGACCUGGAAAGGGAGUAUUCUGCAUCUUACGUCUGCAAGAAGUCGUCCUGA